CGAGGCUGCCAGCGGCGGCAGGUGGGACCGGGGCGGGCCGGGGGGCGCGGGGGAACGGCGCUGUGCUGGGCUCACGGCGUCCCGCGAUGUUGCAGGGGGCGCCGGGACCCGCGAUCGCCUUCCAGGGGAGCCAGGGGUGCCUGACGGUGCCGGGAGGCCCCGGGACCUCUCCGCGGCUCUUCGCCUUCUUCCUCUCCCGCUGCAGCUGGGACGAGCCGCAGGCCAGCUUCGAGUGUGUGCGGCUGGCAGUGCCCCGACUAGGUCAGAGCUGGCUGGACAGAGUGGGCAGCAUCCAGGAGAAAAUCACAGUCUGUGCCUCAGAAGGCACCUACCCACCGCUGCGGGAGCGUGUGUCCCAAUCUAAGGAGCCCUGGAGCAGAGCAGUCGCUGAGCCAGAUGUGGCUGUGCCUGGCUAUGGCAAAGGUGUCACGGCUCCCGAGAAGGCAGGCACGGUCAGCGUGCUGCAGCAGAGCUCCCUCUGUCACAUCCGCGAGGGCAAGAACCACGGGCCAACAGCAGCCAGCCCCAGGGCCGCUGCUCAAAGCCUGGUUCAGCUCCUGGCCCUGCGGCCCCACCGCAAGCAUGAGCUCCUGCAGCGGCUGGCGGGGACGCAGGCAGGCAGGCCCGACUGGGCAGGGCUGCUGGCUGCACUGGAGGAGGUGGCAGACCUGGAUCCCACAGAGUGCUGCUACCGCCUGAAGGAGUCGCUGGUGGGGCGGGUGCAGGAGGACUGGCCAGGGUACACGGCCCAGGAGCGUCGGCAGGUUGCCCUGCUGCAGCGCAGCAGUCAGCCCCAUGGCCCUGCAGCCCGGUCCUUCCUGGUGCCUCUGCAGCAACCACUGGAGUGUGGCUCCCCUCCAGGUGCUGGUGGAAACCGUCUGGGGGUGAAGCGCCUGGCACUGCUGGAUUUCUCCAACCCAAGAGUCAGCAAGAGGCACCGGAGCUGCCUGCGGACAUUUGGCACGAGGCAGCCAGGAGCACGGGGCCAGCAGCAGGCUGGGCCUCUGCCCCCGAGUAGCAACACCAGGGAGCUGCAGGGUGCAGAACGGGGGGAGAGCAGAGAAGAGGAGGACAAUGACCAGGAGGAGGGCACCCCAUGCCCCAAGCAGCGCUGCUCUGCACCCAGAGACACCAGGUCCCAGCCCAGCAGUUCCUCCUUAGCAGAGAUCCCGGAUUACUUGCGAAAAUACCAUACCAUCCGCUCAGCAGAGCAAUGCAGAUCUUACGAGGCAGCGUUCAGUGCAGACUACGCUGAGUACCGCUAUCUGCAUGCUCGCAUUGGUAGUGUGAGCCAGAAAUUCAUUCAACUGGGAGCUAGAAUGAAGACAUUGAAGCAAGGAACAGAGGAGCGCAAGGCACUUGAAGCUAAGAUUUUGUAUGAAUACAGCCACUUCAAGAAGAGUUAUCCUAGUUACCAGCAGGAGAAGAACCGCUGUGAAUCCCUGCACCAGAAGCUCUCCCACAUCAAAAAUCUGAUUCUACAGUUUGAAGGAAGAGGAAGCUCCUAAGCACACCACUGCUGGGAUUCCUUUCCUUUUUUUUUUUUUUUUUUUUUUUUUGCUUCUCAGGACCAGCUUCCUGGAACAGGGGAAGAGUUGGAAGAAUUAGGUCCCCAAAAAUGCAUUAGACUGAGGGUGAUGUUGAAGAAUGUCCCACAGCCCAGGGGUAGCUGCCAGGCUGCUGUAGAAACAAGCUGCCUCAGCUGCCUGCCGUGCUGCAUUGCCAGUUGUGAAAUGUUUGUCUACUCUGCAACAAAGCACCUGGCCUGGACACAGGCAGUAACACUCACCAAGAGCAGGCUCUCAGCCAUGCUCUUAGAAGAAUGUCACCUGUGCUCAGUACCUGGCUGCCACCGGUUCUGAAGUCAGACUAGACCAGAUGACAAGGAUGGGAAAAGCUGCUUCUUACCCAGAGCAGGACAGCACUUUGUCCAUUAGGGAACCAGCACUCCGGUGUGGUUUUACAGAAGAUAAAUAGGGCCUGUUAUAGUCCCAUUUCUUGCAUUAGUGUCUGGAUCUGCAGCCAGCUUCAGGGAUCCUACCAGCUUGAGGUGCAAGGGGGUCAGAUUUUGCUCUAGGACACCACCAAAAUGGGGCCUUGAUACCUGUGCUUGGACACAGACCACUUGGCAGCCAUCAGCGGAGUAGAGAAGGUAGAUGUGGUUUAGUAUACUGAUGUAGUAGAAAUUCUUGUAUUUCAGAACUGCAUAGCUGCUGUAGCCAGAAAACUAUGUGCUAAGUGUUGUACGAUCUACUGUACCUGGAAGAUUUCAGCAACAAUAAAAAACUGGUAC